AUGAACUGGCUGGCCACCAAGUUAGAAGACCGAGGACACCAGGUAGUGAAGGAGCUGCACAUCUCGACCUCCCAAGGUCUAAGGAAACCAGACCUAACAGUCUGGAACAACCAAGCAGCCAGGAUAUUAGAUGUCCAAAUUGUCGGGGACUCAAACGUCGGCUCGCUCGUCCAUCUCGACGAUAUGAAAAUAAGGAAGUAUAAUACCCCCGAAAUAACUAGCAAAGUGGCGGAAUUAACGGGCCACACUCUGACAGUGGGAGCCAUCACCAUAAACUGGAGGGGGGUGGCCUGCAAGAGAGCAGUGGCGACACUUAAGAAGUUGGGCCUCAGAAAUGCAGACCUGAAUAUCAUGAUUCUGAAGGCCAUGGAAGGAGGCCUGUCUAUAUAUUCAAACUAUAUGGGCAUGGCAGGAGGAGGAGACGUUACAUGA